GAAUUUGGGCUGAAGUUUUUCUAUCAGGCUCAAACUAGAAAAAGCCAUGUCUGACACUGAUUUCAGUAUGUCAGUGUCCAAAAAGAAAGACGAGGACAAGGAGAAAAAGUUCCUCGGUCGUCUACAAUACAAACUUGAUUAUGAUUUUGAUAAAAACUCGCUCACGGUGGUAAUUAUUCAAGCCGAAGAGUUACCUGCCAUGGAUCUGGGUGGUACCUCGGAUCCCUACGUGAAACUUUUUCUGCUUCCCGACAAAAAGAAGAAGCUUCAGACAAAAGUACAGAGAAAGUCGUUGAAUCCGGUUUUUAACGAGAGUUUCACAUUUAAAAUUCCGUUCAAUGAAAUUGGAGGUCAAACUUUGGUUCUUAAUGUGUUCGAUUUUGAUCGAUUUGGAAAACAUGACCAGAUUGGCCAAAUUUCAAUUCCCUUGGGAAAAGUGGAUCUAGCCGCAACACUCGAACGAACCGAUUUAAUAGAAUCCCCGCCAGAAAAUCGGCUUGGAGAAGUUUGUCUCGCCCUUAGAUACGUGCCAAACAAGAACAAGCUGUCUGUGGUAGUAAUGGAGUGCAAAAAUCUGAAAAAAAUGGACGUGCUUGGCUUAUCAGAUCCGUAUGUCAAGAUAUAUUUGAUGAUGGGCACUAAACGACUGGAGAAGAAAAAGACGACAAUCAAGAUGAAGACGUUGAAUCCGUAUUAUAACGAAUCAUUCAGUUUUGAUGUUACUUCGGAAAAAAUGCAGCGAGUCCACCUUCAUGUGACGGUAUCCGAUUACGAUAGAGUUGGUUCCAAUGAACGAAUUGGACAGGUAAUUAUUGGAACAUGUGCCACGGGCGUGGCUUUAAAACAAUGGAAUGACAUGUUAGCAACCCCAAGACGAUCAGUUGCUCAAUGGCAUACUCUAGUUCCUUUCAAUGAUGAUUAGUAUAUUUGUUUGUUUGAUUUUCUCUUAAAAUUCUUAUAUUAGAAGUUAUGCCUAAAACUAAAUGUAUUAUCGCUUCAAGAAUCAGAAUCCAUGAACAAAAAUCGCUAGAAAAUGUGUGUUAGAAUGAGCACUUUUGAUCAAUUUCCCCCCUGCAACUCUGUGACAUGAUUGUUUAUUUAAUUGCUGCCCUCCAAUCUAUACAUCCCAUCUCUCAUUCUCUUCUUUUUCAGAAUAUCAAAUUUCCAAUAACAAAUUAUCAUCAUCGCAUUCCUAUUACUCCUAACCAUUCAUUCCACUAUUUUGUGAUCUAAAAAGUUUUAGACAAUUCAUACUUUUCUUUCUUAUUUUUUUCUUUAAUAAAUAUUACUAUUUG